AUGGAGGAGCCUCGUGAUGAUCAAGCCGAGGCUUCAUAUACAUUUGGUGAUAGAUCAAGCAGUGACAUAGUAGUUAGACUAAGAAACGAAGAAGGCCGUGACGACUGGAUCUAUUGCCAUUCCAAGAUCCUUACCGAGAAAAGCAACUACUUCGCUGACCGUCUCUCCGAUAAAUGGCCCACCUGCAAGAUUCUUGAUUCACGCUACUGUGUCGAAGUCAUCUGUCAAGAAUCAAACUACGACCACCACAUCAACUUCUUGAGACUCCUCUACGUUGUCUCUGACGAUGUCUCCGAGGACAACUUGUGUCACAACGUGAAAAGUGCGUUGGGGAUUCUCUGUGUCGCUAAAGAACUUAGCUGUCCUCAGAUUGUCGCUGCUUGUGUCAACUACUUGGAAGCUGUUCCGUGGGAAGAAGGAGAAGAGGAAGAGAUUCUCCGUAUCAUCCCGGGGAUUGGACCAGAAGCAGAGCCUGUUCUUGCUCGUCUCCAACCGGUUGAUCAGUCAGCUGUUGUCGGAAUCUUUGUGUCGGCGUUUCGUUUCGCUACAUCGUCACCGUCUCUGCCCUUGUGCGACGUGAAAUCAUCGGCGCAAGAACAGAUUGAGUAUAUGAUAACAGAAGAUGACGAUGCUCCGUUGUUGAUAGCUGACGAAGCAAUCAAGAUUGAAGUUAAGGAAUGUGUAGAGAGACUGUUUGUUAGAUUCUUCAAAUGUCUAGAAGAAAUCUCCUCCAAGCCAGUGGAUUCGAGCAAGAACGAGUGUUUUAGGAUGGUUGUGUCGGAUCUGUCGUGGGCAUUUCAGAUAUUAACGAAGAUGGAGAUGGUUAGAGAUUUUGUUGUGACAUGGGUUGAUUCAUCUGAGAAGUUAGUUAAAGUAGUUGAGCAGUUGGAAACGACAACGGUUGAGAUAAGGGUUAAGGUCAUAGAGGUGACUGCAAAAGUGAUAGAGGCGAUUGGUUAUGGAACUGUGAUAUUACCAACGGCGAAACGGCUUCAGAUGGUGAAGUUAUGGCUUCCUUUUGUAAGAAACACAAAGCCUCUUGUUGACUCAGCUGUUGUUACUGAUAAUGAUGGUGAUGAUGAUGAGAAGGAAGGUGUGAGGUGUAAGAUCGAUGGAGAGAUAUGGCAAGCUUUGGAAUCUUCCUUUGUGUCGAUAAUACUUGCAUUGCCGUCUUCAGACCAAGCUGAGAUAUUGACUGAGUGGUUGAGUAAGAGCGGGUUGUAUCCGGAUUUGACAGAAGCUUUUGAGGUUUGGUGUUACAGGUCAAAAGUGGCCAAGAGAAGAUUGGGUUUGGUUGGGGGUGAGGAAGACGAGAACGGCAUGUCUUAG